CAACACAGACAGACAGUCAGUCAGUGUGCGAGCGAUCAGCUGUUCGAACCGUAGUGAAGAUGAGAGAGGUGGCCCUAUUUUCAUUAUUUUUACUCGCUUUAGCUUGCCCUGCGCUUUGUAUACUCAGUAGAUCGAAAUACGUACCCCCUGUUGUGCUAAUUCCAGGAGAUGGGGGAUCUCAAAGGAAUGGAACUAAGCUCAACAAAACAGAAACUGUUCACUACAUUUGUUCCAAACUUACAAGUGACUGGUUUGAUCUGUGGCUCAAUAUGGAACUACUUGUACCUUAUAUUAUUGACUGCUGGGUUGAUAACAUGAAGCUGGUUUAUGACAAUGUGACACGCACAACUAGUAAUGCUGAAGGUGUUGAAACAAGAAUUCCUGGAUUUGGAAAUUCUACCACAGUAGAAUGGCUGGAUCCCAGUCAACGACGUCCUACAGGGUAUUUCAAGGAUAUAGUUAAUGCUCUUGUGGCUCUUGGAUAUGAGAGAGGAGUAACUGUCAGAGGAGCUCCAUUUGAUUUUCGUAAAGCACCAAAUGAGCACAGUGAAUACUUCCUAAAACUUCGUAGGCUAAUUGAGGAGACUUACCAAUAUUCUGGUCAUAGAAUUAUGCUCAUUCUUCAUAGUAUGGGUGCACCCAUGAUGCGGUAUUUUUUAAAACACCAGCCACAACACUGGAAGGACAAGCAUAUUGAAACUGUGGUGUCAUUAGCAGGAGCUUGGGGAGGCUCUGUGAAAGCUGUGAAGGUUUAUGCUGCAGGGGACAACUUAGGCAUUUAUGUCAUAGCUCAACAAAAAGUGAGAGAUGAACAAAGGUCAGCCCCAAGUUUGGCUUUCCUUUUACCAUCUUCAGAGCUCUGGGGCCCUGAUGAUGUCUUACUUCAAACUGAUACAAUGAAUGUCUCCACAUCCAACUUGAAGGAUAUGUUUGAUGCCCUGGAUUUACCGGAUGCAUAUGAAAUGUACCUUGACACAAAAGAUUUGGUUAAUAAUGCUCCUGCUCCCGGAGUAGAAGUGCAUUGUCUUCAUGGUGUAGGUGUGGAUACUGUUGAAAAAUUAAUCUACAGUAAGAAAGGAAGUUUUCCAGACAAUCCUGAGGUUGUAUUAGGUGAUGGAGAUGGUACAGUCAAUACUCGCAGUGCAGAAUUGUGCUUAAAGUGGAAAGAUGGACAGAAACAGAACAUUUACCACAAGGCUAUUAAAGGUAUUAAUCACAUGUCAAUACUUUCUGAUAAAGAGAUCAUCGACUACAUUGUAGAACUUGCGUCUAAUAUAACUGAUAAAAACAUAGCUAGAGAUGAAAGAAAACUGAAACGCUUGACCAGGCUACAGAAAAAGAAAGAAUGGGCCAACAUCCUCAGAGAUGAUAAAAAACCAACCGGUAUUGCAGAGUCAGAAUACAAAGACUUCAGCUUUAACAGCGUAUAUAAUUUGCUGGAACUACAAAAGACGGGAGUUGAAGACAGAAGAAAAAAUGACGUAAGUACACUUUACGAUUAAUGGAACAGUUUGUAUAGAAAAUUGCUUAGGACAGAGAGUUUGUAGUGCCGAUUGUUAACAGUAUCGUUGUUAAAACAAUAGGAAAGCAGUGUCCUCUUCAUUGGAAGUAGUCUCUUCCUUAUAUUUUUAUUGAAUGAAGUUGAUAGAGGGAGAAUAUAGUCAGCUCAAUUUUUAUUUAAUGUUGUCCCUCUCAUGUACAUUUUGUAUGUCUUAUUUCCUUUAUACAAAAUUCCAUGCUUUUUUUUUUGAGACAUGAUAUGUUAUCAAUACUGUUCAAUUAUAAUAUAAUGAUUUUGUUGAAAUUGUGCUAUACUAUUGUAAAUUUUCAGCCUCAACAUUGCUUUACCAAGAUUUUGCAAGGCCUUUCAUAAUGCAAGAAGUCCUUGUCCUUUUCUAGUUUUGUAUAUUACAGUAAAAGUGAGAAAUAUGAUCAUUUCAAGGAAUUUUAGAAAACCAUUUCUUUAUACAUAUGGUAAUAGGCAUCUUUCCAACCCAGUUGCAGC